GUGGUCACCUGGCAAGCCCGAUGCGGACAAGACGACCUGGUCCGCCUGUAGUCUCGCCCCAUACACCGAUGCAAAGACCUCAUGGACCUCUUGCACACAUGCGGGAUGGGCAAGGUGUCGGUGGUGACGGUCAGGGUGACGGAGGAGGAGGAGGAGGAGAUGAUGAUGGUGUCACCGACCCAGCUGACGUCCUUCUCGCCUCUACCCUCGCCGCCCUCACGGCUUCCCCGCCGCCUACCCACAUGGAUUUGUCCCGGCUGCACCUAGGAGCGCCCAGGUGGGCUCAGGUGGCCACCGCUCUGGCGAGUAAUACCGGAACAACCGCCCUGGAUGUCUCGUACAACCAGCUCGGCACCGAUGGCGGGCUGGCCCUCGGUCAGGCGCUGGCGGCAAACACGGCGCUGGUGGCUCUGGACGCCGGCUACACCGGCCUGGGGGCGUACGGUGGCGCUGGGCUUGUCGCGCCGCUCGAGCAAGACAACUCUUCCCUGAGGUGGCUCGGGUUGGAGAACAACGAGCUCGGUGUCCACGCUGGCAUGGCGCUGGCGCGGGCGCUGGCCUCAAACUCGGGCCUCACGGUCCUCAACGUGGCACACAACGAGCUCGGCGACGCGUUGCAUCACAUCGUCAACGCGCUGAUGUCGAACAGCACCCUGCUCUCGCUCAAUCUUGCCGGUAACUUGCUCGCCGAAGACGACGGCGAGCCGCUUGACGCCCGCCCACUGCUGAGCGGCGAGCUUGCACUCCGCGAGCUUGACCUUCGCGACGUGCGGCUGUGGGACGAGUCGGACGAGGCAGGAAGCGAGCACGGAAGCGGUUCUCAUAGUGAGCCUGCGGAUUCGCGCGGUUCGCUCGGUCCGGCAAGCACCGAGCGGCUGUUUGGCCAGCCGCUGAUGUGGCUGUUUGGCAACUCGGUGCUCACCUCGCUCUCGCUGGGUGGCAAUGCUGUUGCGCACUCGGGCUGGGCGCUCGCCGAGGUCCUUGCCAACAACGCCACGCUCUCGUCGCUCGAGCUGGACGGGCGCGACUGCCCGCUUGGCUCGGACGACCGCGGCAUGCUGGAGGCCAUCGGCGAGGCGUUGUCCGACAACGCGGCGCUCACCGCGCUGAGCCUCCCGUCGCACGGAUUGGACGCCACUGCCGGCGCCAUCCUCGGCGCCGCGCUCUCGGUCAACGCCGCGCUCACUGCGCUCAAUCUCCGCAACAACUCGCUUGGCCCUGACGGCGGCCGCGCGCUUCUUGGCGCCUUUGCCCACAACACCACUCUUGUUGCGCUCAACGUCCGCUCCAACGCUAUCGGCGCGGCAGUCAAGGCCGGGCUCUCUGAAGCGCUCGCGGCAAACAUUGCCCGCACCGCCAACCACCCGCCGCGCCCGCUCCCGCCGCGGGUUGCCGGCACCCGCGCCCCACUCGUCUGCCUCGAGUGGACGCCGCUCGCCGAGGCGCCAGGCAAGCCCGUCCUCUCCUCGCUCAACUGGCUCGACCUUCAUCCCAGCAUGCCCGCGGCUGGCGUGGUACCCAACGCCGGGCGAGUUGUCGUCCAUGUUCUUGUCCUCGCCUCCCGCGCCGUUUAUGUCGGGACCGGCUCGCGCGCGGUAGUUGCUGCCGAUCCAGGCGCCAUGGCCCACGUCGCUGCAGUCUACGUCGACGCGUCGCGGACUAGUACCAUGGGCGAGCUGACGGCGGCAGCGCUUGCGGCGGUCGACGACGGUGCCGGUGCACGGUCGGCUGCGUCCGCUGUGGCGGGCAUGACGAACCGCGUGCGGUCGUCGGCGCGAGUCGCCGAGCUCGAGCGCGAGCUCGAGGACGCCCAUGUCCGCGUCGGCCAGCUCGAGGCCAACCUCCGGGUGGUGCAGGCACAGUUGGCAUCGCAGUCGCCGCCGCCGCGGGUCCGCGUCUCCACCGGAGCGCACUCGCCGGCGCUCGCCGCCCAGCUCGACCUGGUCACCGCCAAGCUGCAGUCGAUGGAGAAGCGUGCGCUGGCCGCCGAAGAGCGGCUCUCGGCGCUCGCCCGCCUCGGCAAGCUCUCUGGCGGCGGGAGCGGGAGCGGAAGCGGCGGCGAUCAUGGCCACCUUCCGGCAGUGGCGCAGAGGGCGUCGCCGGCCGGAAUGGGAGGGGGCGGGGCCGGGCCCGGGGCCGGACCGCCCGGCGGUGAGUCGCCGAUACGGCCGUCGGCGCGCGCCCGGCUCCGGCUCAUGGUCGAGAUGUCCAACACCAAUGCGACCAAGCCUGCGCUCCAGCCAUCGCCCGGCUCGCCGGGCAUCAACGGGCGGCGAUGAGUGUAGUCUAUGUAAAAGCACGCCCAGCA